AGUGACAUUAAUACAAACAUAGUACCUUCUGUGUGUUAAUUGCAGAUCCAUUUCUGUGUGUCUGUAUCGUCCACCUCUGCUCUUCCUCUGUAGCAACAUGAGCAUGCGGUCCACGACGAGAACUCCGCCGUCGCAGCUGCUGCCAGUAUGCGUUCGCGGGUCGUUCUUAUUACGACUCAUUGCCGCUUGGUGUUGGUCAUCAACGUCCUGGCGCGCCGCGCUCCUGCUGUGUACUACAACUACUACAUCUCUUACCUCCGGAGUUGCGGGCUAUGUCCAGGUAUCCUAUGUAAAAACCUACCCACCCCAUAGUCAAGUUGGGGAAUCGGCUAGACAAAUCCACAAGCUUUGGCUGUUUCGCAUGACAAAUUCGGACGCGUAGUGUAGUGCUGUUUGAGCUAGUUCAGCAGCAUUACAGAUCUAGUCUCUCAUGCUGAUUGGAGCAUGACAAAUUUCAAAACACCAUUAGAAAAUGCUUCUCAUGGGGCUCCGCAUGAGAAACAUUUUAAGCCUGCAGAUUUGCAUGACAACUCUGGUGUGGGUACGUUUUUACUCAGGAUACCAGGGUGACGUGAUUCAUAUCGAGCCGGACGUAGUCCGCCCGCUCACCCUAUCAAAUGUAAAAAUGUCUGGGUCUGGAAGAAUGCAACUUGUCAUGCUAAAUCUGAAGCAUGCAAAAAUCUGUGUUGCAUGAUGACCAAAAGUCGUCCAGUUUUGACCAAGUCGAGAGGGAGUUUCUCAUGCAGGAUAGGCAUGAAAGAGAUCGCACAGAAUCCGUCAUGCUAGGUCCUGCAUUCCAGGCUUCAUGGGUCAUGGAAAACCUGCAUGACAAACCUGGCAAUCUUCCAGACCCAGACAUUUUUACAUUUGAUACACCCCCAUCACCGACAACUUCCACUACCAGCAAAUCGGUUUGUGUGACAGCGAGCUGCUGACCGCGCCCGAGAAGUUUCAGCUUCUCAUCGGCCUGAACGUGACCUCCCAGGAGGUUUGCACGCAGCGACUGAACGGCGAAGAAGUGAAGGCCUUGGAGUUGUUGAUCGACUACGAGUAUUACGUUCGGUUUCUGGCCAACAGCAUGAACAGCACGAGGGCCGCCCAGCAGCACGUCGCAGAUGACGAGGACCACAAGUUGAUUUCCCGUCUCCACAUGGACCACUUUCUUGGCGUGAAACUGGAGGACUAUCAUAUGUAAAAACGUCCCCACCCCAUAGUCACGUUGGGAACUUAGCAACACAAAUGCAGAAGCUUUGGGAGCCACGCGUGACAAGUUCAAGUUGCAGUCCGCAGCGUAGUGCAUGUUCGCAAGGACAUCCGCAUCACAAAUCCAUCUGCUUAUCCUGUUUGCGACAUACCAAAUGCCAAACCACGAUUGGAAAUGCGUGGCAUGUGGAAGCGCAUUACAAGUGUUCCUGUCAUUGCAAAUCUGCAUGACAACUCUGGGGUUCGGACAUUUUUACACAGGAUAAGGACCUCUCUCAGUUCAAGCAGUUCAUGCGCGAACACAACUCGGACGAUACGCAGGAUCUUCCGAACGACUUUCGGCUGGGCCUCCAGGAUCCGUUAAAGCCCUCGCACUGGAUCUACACGCACAAGGCCUUCGUGUUCUACUUUGACCCGGACUCCCGGAAAGUGCUGGAUGCGAUGGUGGAGGUGAACGACCUGCAACUCGUCAGCGUGCACACCCACCUGACCUUCCGCCAUUCCGUUUUCUGGCUGCCGAGGAAGGCGGAGGAUUUCCACCGCGCUUCUAUCCCGCCCUCCGGGAUGGAGUUCGAGUUUUCCGUGCACCCGAGCUUUUUGUUUCUCCCGCUGCUGUUCACGUUCUGCCUGUUUUUGAUCAUCAACCGCGGUUUGGACGACGUUGACCUCUUUGAGGAGCAAACCUUUGGCAACGAGUUUCGGCACUUGGAAUCGCACCCCGGGCUGCUGCGUUGGCUGCAGAAGCAGUUCCUGGCCAUGGGGACCAGCGACCCGUUGCUCGAGGAUCCAGUUCUGCGGGCUGGUGUGAGCAACCAAUCCAGCGCGCCGUUCUUGCAGCUCGUGCUCGGGGUUUCCCAUCUGGCAGUGGUUCUGGGCGCGGAAGUGGUGACGCUGUUUGUGUCCUUCGUUUUGCUGGAGUUCUUUCUCGUGCGGGGCAACUACUACGCGAGCGGAUCAUCAGAUAACUUCAACUCGGAACAAAACUCUACUUCUUCCGAAUUGAUAUCGGACCAGUCCGCGUUUGUGUUGUCGAUCCUUUUUGCGGGGUGUGUUUCUGGCGCUUUGUUUACAGAAGCCAAGCUGGCCACGCAGAAGCUGAAAAACAAGGAGAAACGCACAAACGACUUUUUCGUACAACAGCCGCUAUCUGCGCAGCUACCAGAACAUCAAGCUGGCGUUGCCGGGGUCAUGCCGUUCUCGCGAGAAAUUUCGUCGAAAAAUAAAUCGACAGCAGGAGAGCACAAGAAGCACCUCCCGAACAACCGUCCGCAGGAGCUUUCGGCAUUUCCGGAAAUAAAUCUAGUAGAAAAGAACAGCAACGACAACAACGCCGCUGCUGCAGCCGGGGGAACACAAGGCUCGUCUCCGCAUGAUCUUCCAGAAGAUCACUCGUUGAUUCUGGUUGACUUCCUGCUGUUCGCCGUCGGCCGUUGUGUGCUGCAACUCGUGACGUUCGGGCUCUUCCUGAACACGGGCGCCUGGGUCGGCCUGUUCGCCGCGAGUUCAGUUGGCUUCGCGCUCGGCUGCGGGGCGCGAUGCGGUUUCCUCGUUGGGGACUGUGGAACAUCUUCUUCAAAAGUGGAUGGCGUUUCUACGUCGAAUAAGACCACGAACGGCAGAACCAGCUACAGCUUCUUCUCCCUCCUCAGCCAGCUGUUUGUUGCUCCAGAUGCGGCGGGGAGGCACCUGCACAACUAUCGCCGGAUGAACAAUACAUCGAACUCGGCCGCGAGACUGCUCUCCACGUCGCCGCACGGUGGAGUAUCUACUUUUGACGGUACAUCAUCUACUACUUCGUCCAGCACCAAUAUUACACCGCUGCCGGCGAAAAAGCAAAUUCUCUUCGCGGCUGUCCACGCUGCGGUGCUGAGCGGCUACAGUGUGGCCUUGUACGAAGCAGUCUUGAAGCACGAGCUGUUCCUGGUUCUCACCGUGCCGGAGCGGACUUUGUCCGAAAUACUGGUGACGGUGGUGAUUUGGAUGGGCAUGGUAUCCUGAGUAAAAACGUCCCCACCCCAUAGUUGUCAUGCAGAUUGCCGAUCACAGGAAGAUUUGUAAUGCGCAUCUCCAUGAGCAUGAAAGGCAUUUCCAAUCGCGUUUUGGAAUUUGUAAUGCUGUAAACAGGAUAAGCUGAUGGAUUUGUGAUGUGGUUGUCCUUUCUAACAUGCAGAUGCACCACAGUACGGACUGCAACUUGUCACGCGUGGCUCCCAAAGCUUCUGGAUUUGUGUUGCUAAGUUCCCAACUUGACUCUGGGGUGGGGACGUCUUUUUUACAUAUGAUACAUGGUGGCGCUGUGGUCCAGUUUUUGGACCCUGGUCUCCGGUGCGGUGUUUGCGCACCCGGUGAAAAGCAGCCCAAUCCUGUGGCAGCUAAGUGGCGCGGGUCUUGCCGGCGCCGUGCUCACGGGGUAUUUCUGGCAUCCCAGUGAGCUGGACACCGCCGCGCACAAGCUGGAGCAGUUCUGCAUGUACUUCGGGUACUUUUUAAUCUUCCUCCCCAGUGUCUGCUUUUUCGUGUCCCACCUCGGCUCGCGGUUCGUCCUCAACGGCGUCGUGCGCCCCUUGUCGCUCAAAAAGUGGAAAUAGAAGCACUCGACUGCCGCGACAGUGGCGGCGUAGUAUUUCACACACCUCAGCUUUAUGUUUCUAAGUACCUAGUUCACCGAUUCAAUUUUUUGUAAUUUGAGUUGAUUGCUGUUAGAUGAGACGGCGAUCCGGUCCUGUUCAUCUCAAAAGAAAAUGCACCAUGCUCCUCGGGGUAUUACAUGCAUCGACAUACGGUUGUGAGUUCAAUUUACUUCUUGUUUUAAGGCUAUCAAAGAAGCUUGCACUCGCAUUGUUUUUUUCAUUACUUUUUUAACGCGCGAACUUUUUUUGCUGCGCGUUUCCACCUUCAUCUAUGAUGAAAAUUAUGAUUUGAUACCGCUCGUUCGUCUAGUUUCCGUUUCCACCUAUUUCCAAGCGUUUCAAAAUGCACACUCUGACUUUACAUCAAUGCAAUGCUUUCCUUGACACACGAUGCUUAAUUCGUGAAUCCGUUUUUUUGCAUGGAAAUCCAUGGCACGAGUUUCUGUUUCAUUGAUUUCCAUACCAACUCAAACACAACAUUCAUGUUUGUUGAUGCGUGACUCUGUGUCUGUCCUAU